GUUAUCAGCAGUCAGUUCCUGCACGCCUCAUGAGGGUUUUGCUGUGUUCGAGUGGUGUUAGUGAAACUUUUACUGUAAAAAUAAACCUGAAAAUAAUAUUUUAAUUUUCGACUAUUCCAGAAAAAGAGGCAUCAAUUAAAUCCAUGACCCUAAACUGAUAGACAAGGGACAUGUUCGAUUUAGAGAAAAUUUAUUGGCACCAAAUCCUCAUUUAACUGCGUAUGUACCACUUAGUCAUUUAUGGAGUUUUGUAUUUAGAGAUGCCAAGAAUAAUUUUAUCAGAGACACACUUCCACUUUGACAAAAGUCACUCCAUCGUCAACUCAACCACAUAGUACCCAGUCAUCGGGACCGCGAAAUAACAUGAUCCCGACAUCACGAUGUCAUACCAUCCGCGGGUCGGGCAGUCUUUACUAUUUGCCAACACAAGACGCCAUUUUCAACACGUAGGCCCCACGAUGGGACCGAUUCCCCCGUUUAAUGCAGUCAUUAUCACAUCCCAACAUGUACCACCUACAUACAUUUGUACACAGGAGAUCUACAGUUUCGACAAAGAUCCUCCCCCAACACGAAUCAUGCCGACUACAUAAACGUCGAUAUUACAAAAGUACAAACGCGAUCAGAGUGAAUAUGGCAACCGUAUGAGGGUGCCAACUGGAUCACAAGUAAUUAUGAGUGAGGAAUAAGGUCGCGCAUAUAUUAACCGACCAUGAGAUUAUAUGGGGGGGGGGAAAGAAUUUAGUGAAGAUAAUCGUAAAUCGAUAUGCUGGUCAACAAAGAAAAAUCUUUCUUCCUCCUGUAGCAGGUUAAGCUAUUAAGGGCAUCGAAGCCAUGGAGGACACAAGUGAUGAUGCGAUCAAAUUGGAAGACGACAGAAACCAGAAAUUAUUAAUGACGCUAGCAUUUGUUUGCUAUGCAUGAGAAAACAUUGUUCUCCAGAGAACCAUGAUCACAAUGAAAACAUGCUCACGGUCGAGACAACCAUACCGGGAAGGGUAAUUGGGCGAAAUUUCAGGUUGGAGGACACACAAUGAGAGAUAUUCGUCAACGAAGAAUUCUCUAACGUGACGUGGUUGUCGACAUCAUAACUCGGGCACUUCAGCAACACUGGAGAACAUAAAUAUGCGGCUACUCCAAACAUCAUUUUCACGAUUCAUUUUAAGUUUCAUUACAUACCAACAGUGCUGGUACAGUGAAGGUGUUGGUACUUGGUGCAACAUCUUCCUCAAUUUUGGGACGCUGAUUCAUAUUCCUACACAACCUACUUGUGUAGGAUGGACAAAGAAUUUGCACUACGAUGUUUAAGAUGAAAAUUCACAAUUUUUAUACUGGGGUGAAGAUUGUGAUAAUAUUUAUACGUUGUUACCACUGUGAUCCUACAUAAUUUGAUCUACCGUAUCAUCACUUCAUUUUAUAAAUACAUAUAUUAUCCAAAAAAUAUCUCCUGACGUGAAAUGAAAACCGAUCUUUUACCUUUGAAUGAAAUCCUAUGUAGUGAAUUUUAAGAAAGUCUGAAAUUUACAACUGCAGAAAAUAAUUAUGCAUUAAUUCCGUAGAUGUGUGCAUACAUUUUUAAGUAACAAAACGAAAUAACAUACCUACGUAGGUAUGUAUGUACAUACAUAAAUAUUAAAAUGGUGGAAAUAUUACUGUGAAAUUAUAAAUUUGCGAAAAUUGUGAAUGUGGGUGAAAGUUUCCUUAUUAAGUGCACCUUACAACAUAUGAGCUUACAACGGAUCAGUUAAACUUUCACUUUCUCCGUGGAAUUUUUUAUUCAGAUUAUUGCACGAUUAAUUAGCCUACAUACAUAUGUACGUAUGCUUGAAUCACAAAUAUUUCAAUUUUCCCAAAUAUAAUUUUAGUAACUACUGCGAAAUGAAAUCAGUGAAACAUAUGCUCAGAUUCACUAUAUUUUGAAGGUUUAGUUGCGUAGAAACUUUCCAUCAGGGAAAGUUUCUUUUGCAUGGAAAUUUCAUGCAAACCGUAUUCCAACGAGUGAAAAUAAUUUGCGUCUCCUUUGACCGAAUAAUAUCACGUUUGGUAUCAAAAUGAUGGCAAAAAUGUGAACAGAAAUGCCCCAUGGUUAUCAUCUUAGUUAAGAAGAAAUUUUCCAAAAUUUAAUUAGGACCGGAUGUACCAGAUGUACCUACCUCAACCUGUGCAGAAUAAGACAAAAAAUCCUCACCAAAUCACGAGCACACGGUGGAGAGAAAGACGACUCGACUCUCAAUAACCAAGUUACAAUGCUAAAAUAUGUAUGUAUGUAUGUAUGUAUGUGCUAGGAACGAACGUGUACUUCACUAGUUGCGUUUCAUUUCUGCUGGUCCUGGCAAGAGCAGAACCUUCUGCAUAAUAAAAUUUAGUGAAAAAGUUUUAUUAUAAUUUCUUAUUUAUUUAUUUAUUUCUAACUAAUAAGAGGUGCUUUGUGUGCUGGAUUUGAAGUUGGAAGGGCACAUUGUUUAAGGAGAAGAAAUCAAACCGGUAAGUAUACCAAAUUUCGCAAAUUUAAACGCACAAUGUACAUAAAUAUGUAGAUACCAAAGUUAUAGUACAAUACAUACGCACGUAAUUUGUGUACAAAUGUAAAGGAAGCGUAGUCGUCAUAAUAUUUAUGGGCAUAUUGUAGUCAUAGAAAUGUUAUAUAUAUACUAUACAUAUAUACCGCAGAAUUAGACUAUACUAUAUAUACUUCGUUACAUGUUUUCAAUAAAAUUUGGCCUUAAGUGAACUUGCUUACACUACGGUAUACAUGCAGGGCAGUGAAAACUGAAAAAUGACGAUUAAUUAUUUUAUCAUCUUGCUACUCAUGAUUCAACUACAUACAUUACUGAAAUCCGUACUUUCUUCCUUUACGUAUAUGCAUGUAUUUGUGAUGCCAGGCACAGAAGGAGGAGGGAGACGUGGCGAGGCGACUACACCAGAAUAAAAGUAUAUUCAUACAUAUAGUAGAACAUACUUCUUCUGCGUAUCCCCCUCCAUCCAUCUCCACCCACAAUUUUCCACGACGGGAGGGAAGAAUAAAGAGAUCAUGAGGGGCAGAGUUGGUGCUUAGGAUUUUAUUCGACGGUGUAAAAAGGAUUUUUAUUUUGAUCGUUAUAAUUAAAAGACUUCGAGCAUUGCUAUAUGCAUUGUCAAGAAAAUGUCUUAUUGACAUGUUUCUUAAAAAGCUGCGGUGGUUGAUCAAAAAUUCAAGCAAUCAUAAAUAUGUUUGCACAUAUAUGUAAGUGCAUUCCACAAUGCAUUUAUUAUGAGGUUAUCUACGUGUUUAGCAAUAACUGAAUGUAGAAAUUCUUGGAGAUGUGGUACUUUACUGAUGAAAGUGAUGAGAAUACGGUGAAGUUCUAGCACACAUAUUUUUUUUGUAAACUGGUCGUGCAUAUGUAAAUGCACCAUUCAAAUAGUUACGCACAUCUGCCAAAUCGCCUUGUGUAAUUGUACUGAUUAGGUAAAUGUGCUUAUAAAAAUGAAGCAACGUUGUGUACAUAUAUUCAAAAUAAUAUUGGGUUACAGUUCCUAAGGAAUUAUAAAAUGUCCUGCUCAAUUUUUAUGUUAAGAAUUUAAUUCGAACGUUCAAAAUUACUGAUAAAAUCAUGUUUUAUCUGGAUACUUUCACAGUAAAAGCAAUAUUUUAAGUUUAUAUACCAGUUGGUUGUUCCGAACAUUGGCUACAGGGCUUGGAUGUUAUUUUAAAUGUGUAUUGUAGCAUUUUAUACAUGUAUAAAUAUUUUGUAUAUAUGCAUAAAUAAAAACGCAUCGUGGACAGACAAGAUGGCAUGUAUUUACUAGACGUGAAUUUGCUGACUAUUGGAUUGACUGACACGCCUUCCCCUAUGCAAACAAUCAGGAGUACUAUUUCACAACCUGAUCUGUAAUACGUUACUUGAUGCCUAUUGUAUAAGAUAUACAUAAGUAUUCUGUAUCCUCGUUUCAAGUUUCAAAAUAUGAGGGAGCAAAAGUAAAUAAGUGCUUAGCUUGAAAUAAAGAACAAUUCGGGUAACUUAAAGAAAAUUACAAAGUUGUAGGCCAGACUUCUUUUUAAUAUUUCAAGGUCAAGCCAAUGUAAUAAUUGCACCUAUGUAUAGGAUUAGUCUGAGAGAUAAAAGAAUGAGAGAAGUGUAAGAAAUCAUUGUCCCCAUCACAUUGGUUUGGACUUUGUCGAAGUGUGUAGUACUGUAAAAUCAUCUUUCUUGAUAAAGAACAAAUGGGGAAGUUGAUAUAGGGACGUAAAAACUAGGGUUGAGGAAGGCAGACUUGGACCACCAUUUACACACUUGAACUCGAAUGAACUAUGAAUGUCACAGAUAAGCCGCGCUUAUCAAAUAGGUCACUGAAGUAGUGGGUUACAAUGUCAUGGUGGUAGUGGAGCUGGAUAUUUAUCCAUUAGGCGAUGACAUUCAAUAAUAUUUAUGUGCAUAUCUAUGUAUAUAUGCAGUAUUUUUCCAACGAGAUAAAGCACCAUACUCAUCAAUGCACUAAUCCAUCCGGAAAUAUUUCUGUUGAUAUUUUUCCAGGAUUAUUUCUCUAAUGAUGUGCAUUAUUUAAAUACGUGUAUUACACAUGACAAGCUCUAUUUCUCAAGCAUUUAAUGAAAUCUAAUGAAAGGUUUUCUUUCUGGAAAGUCAUCUCAAAAUUUUUCCGUUUUAUGAAAAUACGAAGUUUUGCUACACCCCUUGAGUUCCCCCUCACACUUUAUAAUAUGUGGACGUUACUAAACGUUACUUUACUUGCGUAAAGCUCACUAUCUGUUAUAAAAUCCAUAAUAUGGAUGACAAUUUUUACCUUGUAUUAAAUUCUAAAUAAAGUUGCAGGCAACUGGAGUAACUGCAUGGUUGUCAGUUAGCAAUUUACAGCUUAGAAGAAAAGAUGGAAUGGAUGAGAUGGGAUGGAUAGAAUAAAUGACUCAUGGUCCAUGGUCCAUGCUCAUGCUCAUUCAUGUUAUGCUCACUGUCCAUGCUCCAUGCUCACUUAUCAAAUACACACUCUUCUACGUAUACACAUAGUCAAACUGGCUUAGAUUUUAUGUUGUCAAACCUUGCAAUGUUAAUUGACGCAUAUAUACAUAUUUAUGUAUUCAUUUCGCCAGUAGUAGUUGCUAUUUUAUAGGGAAAGGAGUUAAACCUGGCUAAAAAUCAAACGCGAAGGUAUCUGAUUUAUUGGUGAAUGAGUACAAUUAAUAAGUGCCAUAAAGUCAGAUAUUUGAUCUAAAAACCUGCUUUAAAAGAAGAAAUCAAUCCAAGAGAGUGGAAGUUCACAUACAUACACCGGUUUUGUCACUCAGUGCUGUAGUGGGCAUAAUCAAGGGAGGUGGUGCUGUGGAUUCUUCAGAAUAAAAGUUCCUGUACUAGCGGACCAACAUAAAGUAAGGAAAAGUCAACAUGAAGCUAUACAUUCCUCGCCCACUCCUUGUGAUCACAGCAGUCCAACUUUUUGCAACGAGUGAAGCAGAAAGUUCACCAACGUUCUACUUCUCCCAGAAAAAUGGGUUACAAUCCAUCCCUCUAAGGUUCGGGAUUCCGCUGGAAAUUACGGCAACAAGUCCAUGGACGGGGGUCCAGAAAUUUUUGGAGUUGUCACCGAAUGGGGCAAACCUUUUACAUACUCGGCACCAACCAUUGUAAAGGGCCACCUAAAACCCCUUAGGAUUUUGAAGGACAGUAGAAUAACUGGUCAACUUGGAAAUAAUGGAUCUUCAUCCAAAUUCAGGACAGAAACAAAAUUUACUCCCAGCCUGGACUUCACGCAAAUUUUGCAGUUCUGCCCUCGUGUUCCAGGGAAAGUUCUUCCCUACGACAUGUUUACGAGCACCUGUUACCAAAUUACGCUCAGUGGGACUAGAUCGUUAGACGAGUCUAAUUUGAACGACGACGGAAUGGUUACCGUCGCCUUGUCCAAGGGAAAAGGAAGAGACAAAUUUUUCAAAGAUUAUGGAAUCGACUUAUCCCCAAAGGAAGGGGAAGGGGAAAAGAAUGAAAUAUGUUGGACCAUGAGGACUGGAGAAGAUGCUGCCAUUUUUGCAAACUAUACUGAUUUAUUAUUUGAGAAAAACGCUUUGAUGUUGGAGAGCUUACAAAAUCUCCUCCCAAUAAAUAGGAAAUUAUAUCCAUACACCGGUCAACCCUUAAUGAAGGGGUACGAAAUAGCUUACCACUCACACGAUGGGUGUUUUGGGCUCUGGAAUGACGAUACCGUUGUACCUGUCAAGAUACUGAAAAACUCGGAUGGCCCGUUCAUGGUAACACCUCAUACAGGAGAGGACGCGGAAAAAUUCUUAUAUAUCAUUCCUUCUUCGCAAAAUGGGAAACAUGUGAGCUUCACGGUUUCGUGGUACCCGUGCGACUUUGUAGCAGAUCUGGAAUUUAGCAUGGAUACGAUUUCCUGUAAUCGUAGUUUGGCAGAGGUUUCUCACAUCACGGAUAACGGUGAUCAUACCGUCACCGUUCUCGUUGGUCAAGAUAUUGCACACAGUGGCGAAAUGGUUGGCUGCAAAAUAAAACUUUUGUCGCUCAAUGGUCCCGUCACGAAGGAAUUUAGUUUCUUCAUUAAAGGCCCACCGCUCCUCGUAGUUGAAGGAGCAAAGACUCGCCGUGGGAAUAACAACACUUUGGAAAGUGUGAUAUAUUUGAAAUCCGGAGAUAACACAAUCACCGGCACUAUUUUGAGGGAUAUGGAAGCCAAACUCACUCUAACCAAAUUAGAGGACGGUCAUGCCACCAAUACUCUACACAUUCCGUACACACACCAGGGAAAGUUCGUCAUUGAAGAUUUGCAUGUGGAACCAAAUGUAACUACUAGUUACGUUCUUUCUACUACCGGAAUUGGAGGAAGGUCCUAGGUGUGGCUUCUACAUGAAGGGGAGAAAGGUUCAAAUGUUGGGAUAAAAACCGGUUGUAACCUGUUCAAUUAACUUUAUUUAGAAAAUUGUUUACUUAUUUGAUUAAUUAUUAGUAGGACCGAAUUGGUGGGCACUUGGCUUCUUGGUGAUCUUUGUCCUCGUUGUUGGAACAUAUUCUUACUUCAGGAAACGAUCACAACCGAAAGAGAUUGCUCUGAUAGUAUAAAAUUACAGACUGAAAGACAUGUUGUGGUACUGUGAUUCACCUAACGCCACACGUAUCUCUAUAAUUAUUCACAAAUGUCCUCGAUAAGCUACAUUUUGUAAUUUCUUAAAAUUUCCUUUUAACUGAAGUACUAAAUAUGUUGAGUUUUUUUAAACAUCUGACUACAUACUUGAACCUUGUGUUACAUUUACAUAUAUUGAGAAAAGAGAACGACCUUACCAUUGUGUGAUUCAUACUACAUGUCAGCCGUAACAAUGAAAUGUCACAAAUUGUUGUUGAUUUAAUUUGGUGGCAGACGUGUAUGAUAAAUUAUAUACAAUUGUAGGGAAUUUAAACACAAAUAUUUAUGAACAAUAAUUAGGCUACGCAAACGCUCAAAAUUGGCUACUUAAAUAACACUGCCCCAAAGGGAUAUUUUUUAGCGUGGACAAUUUUAACGAAAACUAAUGGACUGAUGAACAAACUUCACACAUUCAUUUACAUAUUCAUUAAAAAUAUAAGUACAUAAAAUAAUAUUAUACAUAAUACGUAUGUAUGUGUUGUCCAAUUUUUGUAUGAGAUUACUUGUGUAAAUUAUUGUGUCAAAAUUGUAAACUGCAAAUCUUUUUCAUAAAGCUGAAAAUGUAUUAGAAAAACUGAUUUUCAACCGGUGCAGAAAAAAUUGUGUCGAAACCAGACUUAAAAAUUUGUCUUUGUACCCCAACCCCUAGUCCAAGGGGAACGGUAUUUAGAUAUGUAUGCUUAUCAAGUGUAACAUCCUUCCUAUGAUAUCCGCAAGACAAACUGAUAAAAGUAAAAGUAGAUUCGUUACAUUUUAUAAAAUCUUAGUUAAAAUAGCCGUAUAAAUUGUGUUUUUGAUUAAGAGAGAAUUUUAGUGACAAUGAACAUUGUCGUACUAUGUAAUUCAGAAACCAGGUAUCUACUUACGGGACCGUGGAAAUUUUUAACACGGAAAGGACAUCCUUUCCGACAUGUACAUCAAUCUGAUUAACGCAUGCAAUUAUUAAUAUGAUUCCUUCUGGAAAUGUUGUAAUAGCUUGCUCUCUUUUUCCUUCCGAUUCUGUAUUGCAGAAAUAAAGGUUUUGUACUUAUUCAAAUAAUUGCAA